AAUCACACUUCUGGAAGGAAAUACAAGCCACCAUCAAUGAUGAGGCUGUUGGCAGUUACUGUGCUGUUUGGACUCCUUGCUCUCAGAGCUGAAGGCUUCCGAAUGCCACGGCAGGUCAAGGAGGAGGAGCCGGGCCCGUUCAGCAUGUUCACCAACACAAUCAAGUCCUACUACAGUAACAUGGUCGACAAGAUCAACGACUGCAUGGACACCAUCAAGGGCCUGAAGAUAGACGAAAAAAUUAAGAAUCUUUAUACGGAAACCAGCACCAUUUUCGUCACCUACAACGGCAUCUUACAGGACCAGCUCUAUCAUGUGGUUUAUGCGCCGCAGUAAACAAGAAGGACUAAUGUGACUCAACAUCCACCGCAAACAGCAAUUGCCAUAACGAAAAUGGACUAAACUGCAAGAAAAAAAGCGGACAAACAGGACAGAAAGAGCAGAGAAAACGUUCCUUAGAGUGGCUUAAAAUGAGAUAUGCAGGCAAAUCGUCAGGUGAAAUCUCACCACAUUUGUGGCCACCAAAAGUACUGACCUCAACUAUUUCAUGUCUUGAAAUAUUAAAUGUAUUUAUGUAAAGCUGCCAAGUGUUUA